AUGGCGACCGCGACCCCUUACGACCUUGUGGUAGCACAGCGCCGCCCGCCCAUCACACCCGCCGGCGCCGGCCUCAUUGCCACGGCCAUUAUCAUGCCAGUCAUUGCGACCCUGUGGACAAUGGUCCGAGUUUGGACUCGGAAAUUACGACGAGUUUCGGCGUGGUUUACUGAAGACAUCUUGUGCUAUCUUGCGGUCUACGUUGACCUACAGCACAGCAAGACAUCUAGAGACUGGUCCGAUGCUAACUUGUUGGCAGUGGUGAUACUCGGUGGCGCUGGCAACCAUCUCCCACGACUUACGGGAGGCGACUACCUCAUGCGAUUCUCUCAAACCACGUUCGCCGCUCAAGUGUUGUACGCCUUGGCUCUUGGAUGUACGAAAAUGAGCAUCACAUGGAUGAUCAAGCGCAUCUUCUUCGAUGGUUCUCACGCUUGGAUACCAUACUGCCUUAUGGCUCUCAACUUUUGCUGGAUGAUGCAAACCAUUUUGACCGGCGCCCUGUUUUGUCGACCCAUUGCAUUGAACUGGGAUCAAGAUACCCGAGGCUCGUGUGGCAACCGAAAGGCCGUGUUCUCUGCCGUCAGCAUUGUCGAUAUUAUCACCGAUAUCUUGAUCAUUGCACUCCCUGCCAAGAUGCUUUGGGGGAUCCAAAUGCGGAGAACGUACAAGGUCGCUAUUGCCUGCAUGUUUGGUGCUGGUCUAGUCACCAUUGCAUGCACGGCUGUCCGACUGUACAGUGUCUUCACCCUUGAUUUCUCCGAAUUGACUUACAACCCUGUGUCAAUCUCCAUCACCUGUAUGGUCCAAUCCGGUGUGGCCAUUAUCGUUGCAAGUGCGCCUCUUCUCCGUCCCGCAUUUGAUCGAACCGUUGAUUCGCUGUCCUACUCGUUUGGCCGUGGCUCACGAAAAUCAAGAGCGUCCAAUGAGAGAUUGUCGCGCCGCAAGGGCUCGACUCAUGCAAAAAACUCCACGUGCGCCUCGUCACUCAGCAAGAAUGCGAAAGGCCCCUCCGGUUUCAAGCAAUUAACAGAAAGCGAAGAGAAUCUGCGAUGGGAGCUGGAUGUCAUACAUGCUGACAAGGGGAAGACGCUGACUGAAGUAUCGAAUGCGCCCUAUGGUGACGGCAUAGAUGACGAGGAGCUACCAUCCGGCCAAAUAAAGGUCACGCAGUCUACACAUGUUUCCCACGUAUAG